AUGUCAGAUUUCGAAUGGCUUAAAGCACCUGAAGUAAAACAUUUUACUUUCGGUAAAAUUCCCGAUUUGACUGGAAAGGUUGCAAUCGUUACAGGAGGAAAUAAUGGGAUAGGAUAUGUUACCUGUAGGGAAUUGGCCAGAAAAAAUGCUCAUGUGUUUGUAUUAAGUCGUACUGUCGAGAAAGGUCAGGCUGCCGUUGAAAAAAUCAAAUCUGAGACUAGUAAUCAGAAUGUUGAAUUUCUAAAAUUGGAUUUAAAAAGUUUAAAAUCUGUUAAAGAAUGCGCUGAAAAUUUCUUGGCUAGAAAUUUACCAUUGCACAUUCUAUAA